AUGCCAGGCUCCGGUGACUUCGAGAUUACAACCACGCAGCGUAUGUUCUCGGCCACUUGGGGCAGCGUUCUGACUUCUCUACUUGUAACACCUCUCGAUGUCGUCCGUGUACGGUUACAAUCUCAGAACGCGCCAUCACCCGCAAAUCUAUCCCGAUUUGCCGCAUACUCCACGAAUUUUAAACAGUUACCUCCCGAUCUAGGCAUCAACUCAUGUUGUCGAGAAGUAUUUUGGGUGGGAAACAACGGUCAAUUCUGUAUCGCUGGGAAUGGACCAACUCAGAUCGCCUCAGCAGGCGCAGCAGAGUGCGCAGUGGAGGAGACACAGCGAAAGACCUUUAAUUCGACCCUGGAUGGAUUGAAGAAGAUCGCCAAGAACGAAGGGUACCUCACAUUAUGGCGAGGCCUCUCCCCGACAUUGGUGAUGGCAGUCCCUGCCAAUGUCAUCUACUUUACUGGUUACGACUGGCUUCGAUACAGUAAUGCCAGCCCGCUCCAAAAGAUACCGAAUGACGUCUACAUACCACUCGUUGCAGGUUCGGCAGCUCGAAUAGCAGCCGCGAUCGCAGUCUCGCCGAUUGAGAUGUUUAGAACGAGAAUGCAGGCGACUCCAGCUGGAACCACUGGCGUCUUCAAGGAGACUCUGCUUGGCCUACACCGCAUGACUCAAACACAGGGCUACACUUCGCUUUGGCGAGGCCUCACGUUGACCAUGUGGCGAGAUGUCCCAUUCUCUGCAAUAUAUUGGUGGGGUUACGAAGCAAUGCGAAAUCGAUUGACGGAUGCACGCGAAGUGUCUAAGGGCAAACACCUUGACUCUCAGCGAGCGAUGACAGGUGGCAGAGAAGCACAAGCAACUGAAAGCCACAUGACGACCUUUGUCGACAGUUUUCUAGCUGGUGCAGGUUCUGGCGCCAUCGCUGCCUUUGUAACGACACCUUUCGAUGUGGGCAAGACUCGCCAACAGGUAUAUCACCACGCUGGUGACGAUGCACCUUCGGUCGUAGCCGCCAAAGAAGCCGCCAAGAGUGGUAAACUGAUACCCGAAGAAAUGUCGAUGCCCCGGUUCCUAUACCACAUCUUCAAGGAAGAUGGUAUGGGGGGGCUCUUUCGUGGCUGGGGAGCCCGAUGUCUAAAGGUUGCUCCAGCCUGUGCUAUAAUGAUCAGCAGUUAUGAGGUCGGCAAGAAAUGGGCAAGGAAAGUCAACGAGAAAAAGGCGCUGGGAAAGAGUGCAGAUGUUUGA